UCCAUGUUUACACUUACUCCUUUUUCCAGUUUCUUUCUUCAUUUUUCUUCCUCUUGUCCAGACAAACACAGACCACGGCCGGAUUAAUAGAUUUCCGGCCAAACUCAGAUGAUCUUAAUGCACUGCUUUUUCUUCAAAUGUCGCCGAGCUCUGUCGAAAACUCAUCAUCACUAACAACAUAUGCCUCUCCACCAAUAACAAUAAUCUUCACAAUCAUCCUCCUUGGGAUAUUUUUCGUAGGUUUUUUCUCUAUUUUCUUUUGUAGAUGUUUCAUGCAAAAUCUACUAUAUACAUGGCAUUUACGACAUAGUCCUACCGGAACUCCAAUUGACCCUAGGAUUUCAGCAAAUAUUCAAGGCCUUGAUCCCUUGAUUAUUAAAUCUUAUCCAACAUUUACCUAUUCAAGUGUUAAAGAUUAUCGAAGAGAAACGUAUGGGCUUGAAUGUGCCAUUUGUUUGGUCGAGUUCGAUGACAAUAGCCUGCUGCGUCUUGUAACGUCAUGUAACCAUGUGUAUCAUCAAGAUUGCAUUGAUCUUUGGCUUGAAUCGCACAAGACAUGUCCUGUAUGCCGUGCAAGCCUCGACUCGCCUAAAAUGCUACAAAAAAGGUCACAUACAAUGACGAAUAAUGUCAUGCAUGACAUUAACGAGGACGAAUCACUGGAUGAAGAUACAUUGAGCAUUGUAAUCCAAGAUGAUAAUAAAGAAGAAAGUGGAUGUGAUGGGCACGGAAGUGGGAAUUCGAAAACGGCCGCUUGUGGUACACGAGAAAGCGUUGAUAUACGAAAUAAAGUAGAAAAGUUUUCAAGGUCGCAUUCGACGGGGCACUCAAUAGUUAGGGCUAGAGAAGUUGAAGAUAGGUUUACUUUGAGAUUACCUGAACAUGUGAGGGCAAAUAUAAUAAAGGGACAUAAUUCAACUAAAAGUUGCACGACUUUUGGAGAAUACAAAAGCAAAACAUCCACUGGAAAUGGUGGUUUUGGUGAAGUUUAAGAAUCGUCCAACAAAGUAUAUUAGACUACUUUAGCAUGGCACCCAACUUCUAAUGGUUUGCGUGUCUACUAACUUUCCUUUGUGAUUUUCAAUGUUUUCCUUGAUAAUUAGAGUUCUUUGAGGGUCCUUAAUUUGAUUGUAGUCAAUUGGAUUUUAGAAGGGAUAUUGAAUUCAUAAAUUUCAAGUAACAUGUUUUCAA